CCUGUGCACUCGAUGUGAAUUAAGACUUUUCAACACAAUGGAAUGUCUAUUUUUGUUGCUCCUCUUCUGUCAUGGUGCAUCUUCAGUGACUCACAGACUGAGUGUUUACUUCACUGGAUCGCUGGGAGACAGAAACCUGCCAGAGUUUGUUGGUGUUGCAAUGGUUGACGAAGUUGGAGUUCUUUACUGUGACAGCAACAUCCAAAGAGCAGAACCCAGACAGAACUGGAUGACAAAGCUGAUGGAAGACGACCCAGCACAGAUAGACUGGUACAACAAUGAGUGUCGGGAAAGUCACAGCUUCUUCGAAAACAUCAUGAAGGAUGUGAUGUUAAAAUUUAACCAGACAGAAGGUGUCCACACUAUGCAGAGAAUGUUUGGCUGUGAAUGGGACGAUGAGACUUCAGUGAUUCGUGGUUUUGAUCAGUUUGGCUACAAUGGAGAAGACUUCAUAAGGUUUAAUUUGAACUCAAAGACGUGGAUCGCUGUGAGAGCUGAGGCUGCCAUCACCAAACAUAAGUGGGAAUCAAACAGAGCUGGAUUAUCUCACACUGUCAAUCAUUUCACUCAGCUUUGUCCCGAGAGGCUGAGGAGGUUUUUGAACUACGGGAGGAGCUUUUUGAUGAGGAAAGAAGUCGUCUCAGUGUCUCUCCUCCAGAAGACUCCCUCCUCUCCAGUCAGCUGCCACGCUACAGGUUUCUACCCUGACAGAGUCAUGAUGUUCUGGAGGAAAGAUGGAGAGGAGAUUCAUGAAGGAGUGCAAUGUGGACGGAUCCUCCCCAACCAUGAUGGAUCCUUCCAGAUGAAUGUUGACCUGAACAUUUCAUCAGUCUCACCUAAAGACUGGAAGAGGUACGACUGUGUUUUUCAUCUCUGUGGUGUGAAGGACAUCAUCAUCGAACUGGAUAAAGCGCAGAUCAGAACCAACCGGAGUGAUAUUUUCAUAGUCAGAGUUGUACUACUGCUCGUGAUGGUGGUCAUAAUCAGUGGACUCAUCAUCUGGAGGACGGAAAUAAACGUUUCAGGUGAUCUUUUCAUAGUCAGAGUUGCACUGCUGCUCCUGGUGGUGAUCAUAACGCAUGGAUGCUUCAUUUGGAGGAGGGAAAUAAAUGGUGAGAGGAGAAAACAAGAUGUUCUUUUAAAAUUUCAAUCCUGUAAUAGUGUUGUAUCAGUAAAUCAUUAAUUUUCUCUCUGUGUCUUUGUCUUGACAGUUUAAGGACUAAAGAGACAAUAAUCAGAAACGUGCUGAUGUGUGUGUGUGUGUGUGUGUGUGUGUGUGUGUGUGUGUGUGUGUGUGUGUGUGUUUGUGUGAGAGUGAACUUGUUUUGUUUUGUUGCAGUUUCUCAUGAAAUGAAAAAGUUGUGGUUUAAAUUGUCUCUUAAAUCACUUAUACUGGUACUUUUUUUAUAUAUUUUUUUACAUUGAUGCAUGUAUUCUUAUCCUAAUUUCCUACGUAUUCUGCAUAUUCUUAUUGCCUACAUUGCUCUUUGUUCUG